AGCCCUAACUAUACCAAGAAACUUUGUAGAAGACUGAAAACCGAUUGGUCAAACCCUGAGAGCGCUAUUAAUUUCGUUCCGCUAGAUUCCAUUUCUGGCCCAGUGUGCAUUGCUACUUUAAGACUACUUAAUGGAAACCCAGAAACUAUUAUACAUAAUUUAAUAUCCAAGAUAAACUCAGCUCCGUCACCGAAAGCUGACAGAUUAGAUAGUAUAGUUGAAUUUUCCUUAGCUGUACAGAAUCUUUGUGCCACUAUUAAAGCUUGUCAACUUGAAGAGUAUGCAUACAAUGUCGUUUUGCUACGUGAACUUGUCGAUAAGCUUCCUACAUCGCUUAAAUUGGAUCGGGCCAGAUUCAGACGAACUAUUCAGGGUGCUAAUCUCACCACAUUCGCAGCGUGGCUGUAUGAUCUUACCGAAACAGUUUGCCCGUUAGCAGCGUUACCCAGUUGCGAAUUGAAACCAUCGCGAAUAAUGAGAAAGAACUCAGCCUACCUGAAUACACAUGAUGAACAGGUGGAUGACAACGGCGCAAGUGGAAUUGAGCCUAGCUCUGAAGCUGCUGUGUGUGUGGAUUGCAAAGGCAACUGUGUCAAUUUAGAGAAAUGUCAUCAUUUCAGAGAGCUCGAGUACAACUUAAAAUGGGCAAUAGUGAAGAAUUUCGGACUAUGCAGAAAAUGCCUUCGUAAACACAAGGGAACAUGCAAGUCUCAGCAAAUUUGCGGAAAAGGUGGAUGCACUUAUAAACAUAAUCAACUUUUACAUAACGAUCGUCUGACGUAUACUAGGGCGAAUCUCCCAGAUUCUGUAACAGCUCAAACAACGGAACAUGAAUGUGACAUGCAUCUUAAAAACAUUCAUAAGAGCUUAUUUCGUGUAGUCCCAGUGAUCUUAUGUGGCUCGAAGAAAUCCCUCCAGACGUACGCCUUUCUUGAUGAUGGUUCAUCACUAACACUCAUUGAUGCCACUGUGUUUAAGGUGGACAGGGAAUAAACGUCGUCGAGAAAAUGACUCGAUCAGAUUUGACAUAGACAUUUCUGGAACAGGCGAUAAUUGUAAAAAGUACAACCUACGUGGUGCUCACACAGUAUCAGGUCUUGACCUAUUUCGUCAGUCUGUUGAUAUGCAGCAACUAAGUCAACAUUAUAAACACCUUAGUGGCAUUCCGGUCGAAUCAUAUUGCGACAUACAACCAAAAAUUCUCAUUGGAAUUGACAAUGCAAAUCUUUGCUACCCACUAAAAGGUAGAGAAGGCAAACUUAACGAACCCAUUGCGACAAAAACACGACUGGGAUGGGUAAUUCAUGGAGGAUGGAAUGAGAGCACUGCCUUCGUUGGUCACCAUAGCCGCCACCUGUGUCCGUGUACGGAACAUAUCGACGAUUUGCUUCAUCAAUCCAUACACGAGUACUUUUCUUUAGAAAAGGUAGGAACUAUUAAACCAGAGAGUAUUGUAUCAUCUAUCGAGGAUAAACGAGCUAUUCAAAUUUUGCAAUCAUUCGUACGAACAGAGAACGGGCACUAUGAGGCACGCUUGCUCUGGAAAUAUGACCAAUUUAGGCUCCCGAAUAGUAAACCCGUUGCCCUACAGCGCCGGCGUUGCCUGGAAUCUCGUUUAAAAAAAGAUGCAGACUUAUCUACAGUAAUGCGACUAAAGCUCGAUGAAUAUUUGGAAAACUUUCGGACAAUGAGAUGGAAAAACCACCAAAACGAAUCUGGUAUCUCCCUAUAUUUCCCGUGUUUAACCCAAAUAAACCGUCGAAAGUACGGAUCGUGUGGGACGCAGCUGCUAAAACUAAGGGGAUAUCAUUAAACUCACUACUCUUGAAAGGGCCAGAUCAGUUGACUUCCCUCAUUUCGGUACUGCUGCGGUUUCGCGAGAAUAAGGUGGCCAUUUGCGGUGACAGUAAGGAAAUGUUCCACCAAGUGCUUAUGUCAAAGGAUGAUCAGGAUUGCCAAAGAUUUUUAUGGAAAGAAAAUUUAUCAGACGAGAAACCCAGCACAUACGUCAUGCGGGUUAUGACGUUCGGAGCCAGCUGCUCACCUAGUUGUGCCCAGUACGUAAAAAACUUAAACGCAGAAAACCAUAGAGGACAGUACCCAUCAGCUGUCAAUGCGAUCAUCAAAAACCAUUAUGUCGAUGACAUGCUGGUAAGUACUGAAACAGAAGAAGAAGCUAUUCUCCUCGCCCGACAAGUUCGGCACGUCCACGCCCAAGCUGGGUUUGAGAUGAGGAACUGGAUUUCAAACUCCGCAGCGGUUCUUUCAACACUUUAGAACGAGGGAGCAUGCGAAAAAAACUUAAAUCUAGGAUCAGAACUAGCAACCGAAAAGGUUUUAGGGAUGUGGUGGUGUACUGCUACGGACACUCUCACAUAUAAGCUAUCGCCAAAACACGACACAGAACUUCUAUCCGGAAAGCGACGUCCAACCAAAAGGGAAGUUCUUAGUACAUUAAUGGCAAUAUUCGACCCACUCGGACUAGUUUCAAAUCUGCUGAUAUAUUUGAGAGUCCUACUGCAAGAGAUCUGGCGUGCUGGGAUCGAGUGGGACGAUGAAAUUCCGGGUCAUUUGUUCGAAAAAUGGGAGCAUUGGUUAGAAGUACUUCCAACGGUACACAAGGUCCGUAUACCAAGAUGUUACCGCUCCGCUAUAACGAUCAUGCCAGGUACCGUCACUCAACUACACACGUUUGUCGACGCGAGCGAGGUCGGUUAUGCUGCUGUGGUUUAUUCAAAGUUCCAGCAAGAAAACAACAUAGAGUGUGCAAUAGUAGCUGCAAAGUCGAAAGUGGCUCCGCUGAAGGUCGUCUCCAUUCCAAGACUUGAACUCGAGGCGGCAGUUAUCGGAACAAGAUUAGCAAAUACAAUUACAAACAGCUUAUCGUUCGAAAUGGAUGAGCGAUAUUUCUGGACUGAUUCACGCAAUGUGUUAUGCUGGAUUCGAUCUGAUCAUCGUCGGUAUUCUCAACAUGUCGCGUUUCGUGUCAGCGAGAUUCUCGAGACAAGUAACAUAGCUUAUUGGAAGUACGUCAGCACGAAAGAAAACGUAGCUGAUGAGGCGACAAAGUGGUCACGCCGGCCAGAACUAGGAAGCAACAGUUGGUGGGUAAGAGGACCUUCGUGGUUAAGGCAAUCUAAAAAAGAUUGGCCUGGAGAGCCGUUCACUUCAGGCCAUACUCAGGAAGAGCUGCGUUCAACCGUAUACUACCAUCAUUUUGUUCCCAUACCGCCGGUGAACGUGGCACAAUUUUCUAAAUGGAGGCAAUUAGUUCGUGCGGCUGCUACGGUACUUAGAUCCGUUGCGAACUUUCGAUGCGCCAAGAGCAGGAUGAAACACAAGCACGGCCCCCUUACCAGUCAAGAGCUAAACGAAGCUUCGAAUCUUCUUAUUAGGUUUGCUCAAAGCGAAUCAUUUUCAGAGGAAUUCGCCAGUUUAUCUACCGUACCUCCUACUCUUUCGAAAUCAAGCGCACUGUAUAAGCUGAAUCCGUUUCUCGAUGAUCACAAUAUGAUAAGAAUGCAAGGCAGGAUUGGUGCAUGUGAAUACGCAACUAUGGGUGCACGAAAUCCAGUCAUACUCCCGAAAAAUAACUAUAUCAGUAACCUUAUUGUGAAAGACUACCACGAGCGUUAUCAUCAUUGUAAUCACGAGACAGUGGUCAAUGAACUGCGGCAAACUUUCUGGAUCGCUAAGUUGUGUGUGCUAUCUAGGAAGGUGAGAUCAGACUGUCAGACCUGUAAAAAUUUAAGAGCAACACCUAAUCCUCCUUUAAUGGGCGAGCUGCCAAAGGAUAGACUCGCGGCGUUCACGAGACCCUUUUCCUUUACCAACGUGGAUUAUUUCGGACCAUUGACGGUAACGGUAGGUCGUCGAACGGAGAAACGAUGGGGUGUGCUGUUGACGUGCUUAACUACUCGGGCAAUUCACUUAGAGGUAGCCCACACUUUAAGCGCCAGCUCGUGUGUGAUGGCCAUCAGGAAUUUCAUGGCGAGGAGAGGCGUGCCAUUGAAAAUCACUAGCGACCGUGGCACUAACUUUACCGCAACCAACAAGGAGCUCAAAGCGGCCUUAGACGCCAUGGAUCAAGACAAGCUGAUCCAAGAAAUAGUCAGUCCCAAAACAGAAUGGCAGUUCUUGCCCCCAUUAUCCCCCCACAUGAGAGGCUCCUGGGAGCGGUUAGUUCAAACAGUCAAGGCAAACUUGCUUAAAAUCAAACCGCAACGUACCCUCACCGACGAAAUUCUUCAGAACCUUUAAACAGAAAUAGAAAAUCUCAUCAACUCGCGUCCCCUAACGCACGUACCAGCAGAUGACCCCGACGCACCCGUUCUAACGCCGAACCAUUUUCUGCUGGGAUCGUCAAGCGGGCUCAAACCAGCUUCCAACAUUGAUGAUAGCGGCAUCCUGCUGCGGCGCUCCUGGCGUACCUCUCAAGUUGAAGCAACAUAUUUUGGCGUCGAUGGAUGCGCGAUUACUUACCGGACCUGGUUAAACGUACGAAAUGGCAUGCCGCAGUUGAACCAAUAAAAAAAGAUGACAUCGUUGUGGUGGUUGAUCCGAAGCUUCCACGCAAUUGUUGGCCUAAGGCUCGAGUUAUUGGAGUCAGGAAAGGAAAGGACGGUCAGGUAAGAGCAGCUACUGUUCAAACACAAUAUAGGCAUUACGAGCGCCCGGCUACUAAGCUAGCAGUCCUGGAUGUUCGACGCGACACGUUGGUAAGCCAAGAAACUGGCGUACCGGGGGGGACUGUUACGACCCCUCGGUCGGCUCAUCUCACAGCGACGACUUAAUGCUAACAAUAACAGCAGUAGCGGAUGCAGUUGGUGACAGCUUAUGACUGAUAAAAGUUUUGAGCAGAGUCGACGUCGUGAUUGAUAGAAAAUUGUUCUUUUUACUUAAAAAAUAUUAUAUUAAAAUAUCUGCGAUUAAUUCAUAAAUAUAUAUAUUUGUUACAACGUUACACUCCAAAGUAACCUCAAACUAGGUUAACCGAUCUGAUCAAUAGCAUACGUGAAUUAGUGCCAGCGUACACCCGAGACACGUGUACCACGGUUACCUGGAAAAAUACCGUGAAUUAUUGAAGAAAGAUAGAGCAAAUUCAAGACAAAAUAGGGUUAACUGCGAAAUUCGGAAGUAAGGUUAACCGGAUCAUAUAAAAAUCUAAGGAACGAGGAGAUAAAUUAAACGUAAGUAAAGAAUAAGGGUGAAUGGAAAAUAGGAUAGGUUUAGUCAUUUAUUUGUU